GCAGGAUUUCGUAGUCCUCUUUUGUGGCAUUAUACGUUGUUGUGCCAUCAACACAAAGCCACAGACGGAUUUUAUGAUUGUAUUUGCAAAUGAAACACUACGGCUCACCUGUGUUUGCUUCCGCCCUCCUACCUUAUCACCUGUCACAAUAACCUUUCCCCACAUCCUGGCACUGUGUUCGACACACUCACGCUCAGACACAUCGUUGUGUGUGCAUUUAAAGGAUCUGGAUCAGAGGGAGUGUAAAGGUGCACGGUUGUCAAGGUGAAUCAUGUCCCUCGCAGGCGGUCAGAUGACUUUCUUGCCCAAGUGUGUCUUCAGCUGCAUCAUGGUGUUGUGUUUCGCUGGACUUUUCUUCAUGUAUUACAAGCCUCAUAUCAACUUCCCCACUUUUACCGCUCACACGGAGAGAGGUGACCACUCUUGUCAGUGUCCAGUGGACGCAGUGGAGCAGAGAUCGAACCCCAACUGUUCCUCCGAGCCGCAGAUCGACCCAACUGUCGUCCAGAAGACCCAGGAGGACGCUGAGCCCGACACUGUGGUCUUGGUCUGGUUCUGGCCGUUUGGCUUUCAGUUUGAUCUCAGCUGCGACACAUACAACGUCAAAAGAUGCCUCUUGACGGCGGACAAGUCUCUCUAUGAUGAAGCCCAUGGUGUUCUCAUCCACCACAGGGACAUCAGAGGGGACAACUUGCCAAAAGAUCCUCGUCCCUGGUUCCAGAAGUGGGUGUGGUUUAACAUGGAGUCACCAGCAAACACACAGCAAGUCCCUCACAUUGAUGAAUUAUUCAACUUGACCUGCAGUUAUCGCCUGGAUUCAAACAUCCCUGUGCCUUAUGGACAUUUGGAGCCACGAGCAUCUGGAGAGGAGACUUUCCAAGUGCCACCAAAGGACAAGCUGGUCUGUUGGAUUGUGAGCAACUGGAACCCAAAUCAUAGACGAGUUCAGUUCUACAAUGAAUUGAAAAAACAUGUGAAUAUAACUGUUUAUGGGAAAGCUUUUGGAAAACCAGUCAAUAGUGAAGAAUAUAAUCACAUUGUGUCCAGUUGUAAAUUUUACCUGUCCUUUGAAAACUCUGUGUACAAAGACUACAUUACAGAGAAGUUGUAUCGCCCUCUGAUGUUAGGAGCUUUACCCGUUACUCUGGGCCCUACAAGGCAAAACUAUGAGGACCAUGUCCCAGGUGAUUCUUUCAUUCAUGUCCAUGACUUCCCCACAGCAAAGCAGCUGGCAGACAGGCUACUUUACCUCGACCGAGAUGAUACUGAAUAUAUGAAAUACUUUGACUGGACAAAAAGGUAUCAAACUAAACUGUCGGCGCUUGGUCAAGAUCACGCCUGCGAAACAUGUCGCUUCUUACAACAACACGGAAGGUACCAAGCUUUUCGAAAUCUUAAAAAGUGGUACUGGGCUUAGAAAAAAAGUCAAAGCCAAAGCAGUCGUCCCUCCCCGUGAUUUCACGUCAAGUCCCAAGUGCAAAUCACGAUGCAAGUGUGUAUGUGUUAUGUGCUGUUUUCCUCUGUGUGGUGGUGAUUUGCACUCCAGGGCCACCGUACCUUUAUUUCUACACACAACACCUCAGUUGAACAAAUACAUAAAUAAAAUAAAUAAAUGGCCAGUAUGUAUAUAUAU